AGAGCGCUUGUUUAUCAUUUCACAGGUUCGGAGUAGAAGUGCCCAACACACCAUGAUGGCCGCCGAACUCUGGAGACAUGGGAGCCCCAAAACGACCCAGAUGUGGAAAUUCCUCCAGCACAUAAACACCAAAUACAGCUUGGAGCUCAGGGACUAUCCAGACCUGUACAAAUGGUCCGUCAACAAUAUCCCGGAGUUCUGGGCCGAGGUCUGGUACUUCACCAAAAUCAAAGCCUCAAAGCAGUUCGACUAUGUAUGUGAGUCUUCUUUCACACUCUCUUAGAGGUGCUAACCCUCCCCAGGUUCUGCCGCCUGAUGCCCCCAUGUUUCCCAGGCCCGACUUCUUUGCCGGCGCCCGUCUCAACUUUGCAGAGAAUCUUCUCUUCCCGGCCAAUGCCGACAUCGACGAGUCGGCCACGGCUGUCAUCACAGCAACCGAGGAUGAAAGCCACCUCACCGAAACCUCGUGGUCCGAGCUGAGGGACCAGGUCCGCCGCUGCUCCAACGCCCUACGCGCUGUCGGCGUCAAGGAGAACAGCGUCGUGGCUGGCUUCGUCGCCAAUCAUGCUCAAGCCCUGGUCGCCCUGCUGAGUGCAGCCACCCUCGGUGCCAUCUGGACCAGUAUCAGCCCGGACAACGGUGUCAGCGCUGUGCUCGACCGUCUGGUCCAGAUUAGACCCCAGGUGCUCUUUGCCGACAAUGCCACGCUCUACAAUGGCAAGGAGUGGUCUGGCAAGGAGAAGACGCUCGAGGUCGUCGAUGAGCUCAGAAAACACGGCCUCGAGCAGGUUGUCGUUAUAAGGGGUCUCAAGAAUGUAGAGACGGGCCUAGAUGAGAUCCGGGCAAAGAGGGUCAAGGCGGAGGAGUUUGAGACCUUCCUUGAUUCUUCACCAAGCUCGCCGCUCGUCUUCGCCCAGCUCCCGCCUUCCCACCCCCUUUACGUCCUUUACUCGAGUGGCACCACCGGACUGCCCAAAGCGAUCGUCCACACCGCCGCAGGCACCUUACUACAGCACAAAAAAGAACACUUCCUCCACUGUUCGCUCAACUCCACCUCCCGCAUGCUCUACUACACCACCACCUCGUGGAUGAUGCACCACUGGAGCGUGUCCGUCCUCGCCUGCGGCUCCUCUAUCGUCCUCUACUCCGGCUCUCCGUUCAAGCCGCACGGCUACUCCUCCCUCCCGCGCCUGCUCUCCUCCCUCCGGGUUACCCACUUCGGCACCUCGGCCGCCUACCUGACCGCGCUCGAAGCCAACAACAUCCGCCCCGUCACCGACCCGUCCCUGAAUCUCUUGUCCCUCGAAGCAAUCUACUCCACCGCCUCGCCCUUACCCCCGUCCACCUUCCACUUUGUCUACUCAGCCUUCCCCGCAAAAGUCAAUCUCGCCUCCAUCACGGGCGGCACAGAUAUCAUCUCUUUAUUCGGCGCCCCCUGCCCCCUCUUACCCGUACACGCAGGCGAGAUACAGUGCGCGGGGCUGGGCAUGGCCAUCGGGGUAGUCGACUCGGCGCCCUCCUCACCGCCCGACGACGACCCGCGCCCCGUAUCGCCCGCAGAUGCGCCCGGCGAUCUUGUCUGCACCAAGCCCUUCCCCAGCCAGCCGCUGACCUUUUUUGGGGAUGAGGGCCAGGAGAAGUACCGCGCCGCCUACUUUGAGCGGUUCGGGCCCCGCCUGUGGCACCACGGGGACUUUGUGCGCAUGGACCCCGCUACGGGCGGGCUGGUCAUGCUGGGCCGCAGCGACGGCGUGCUGAAGCCGGCCGGCGUGCGUUUCGGGAGUGCCGAGAUCUACAACGUGCUGACGCGCUUCUUUGCCGGCGAGGUGGAGGAUGCCGUGUGUGUGGGGCGCCGGAGGGAGUGCGAUCGGGACGAGACGGUAUGCCUCUUCGUGGUGAUGAAGGAAGGUCAGGUGUUUGAUGACGGGGUGCGGAGGAGGAUCUCCGAGGUGGUGAGGAGGGAACUCAGCCCGCGCCAUGUGCCGGGCGUGAUUGAGGAGGCGAAGGGUGGAGUGCCCAAGACGGGCAAUGGCAAAAAGAUCGAGGUGGCGGUCAAGCAGAUACUCUCGGGGAUGCAGGUCAGGACGAAUGCUAGUGUUGCAAACCCGGAGGCGCUGGACUGGUUUAGGGAGUGGGCCAGGAAGGCGAAUGAGGCCCUUCCCAAUUAGAGGUCCAGGAUGGACUUGAUCAGAGGCAUGCAUUGAAACCUAUAAACUGCUCGAUGUCUGACAGAGGUUAAUAGCUAAAUCAAGCCUGCGCCGCCAUGUUUGCACUUUGAUGACAUGGCCGCAGUAUAAUCCAUAAACAUCAAGACCACUUCUGAGUGGUAGAGCGAGGA